AUGAAACUGAAACUUGGCGUUGAACAAAUAGUCCUCGGAGACCAGCAGCACAUCAACGAAAUCUGCGACGAAAAACGCUUCCACAAAGUCCCUGGUGGUGCCCUAACAGCCAUUAGAGCAUUGACUGGAGAUGGCCUGUUCACAGCAUAUGAUUCAGAGAUGAACUGGUGGGUAGCGCAUCGCUUGCUCGUUCCAGCUUUUGGACCCAUUGCUCUACGUCAUAUGUUCGAUGAUAUGCUGGAUAUCUCAUCUCAGAUGGUGUUGAAAUGGGAUAGAUUGGGACCGGAACACGAGAUUGAGUGUGCUGAUGAUUUGACGCGUUUGGCCUUCGACACCAUUGGAUUGUGUGCCUUUUCGUAUCGAUUCAACGAGUUUUAUACGGAUAAUGCUCAUCCUUUUGCUCAACAGAUGGCUGAUGUGUUGGCUGAGAGUGGUAGACGUGUCAGCCGGCCAGGGUUCGUCAACGACUGGGUCUACCGCAGCAGUGAACAGAAGAGACAGGAGAAUGUCAAGAAGAUGCACGAGCUGUGCGACCAGAUUGUGACGGAUCGAAAGAAGAACCCUCAACCUGAGAACAAAGACCUUCUGAACACCAUGCUCAACAGUGUUGACAAGGAAACUGGCGAACGGCUGUCAGAUGAGAAUAUUCGGUUUCAAAUGGCAACUUUUUUGGUCGCUGGACACGAGACAACCAGUUCGACCCUGUCGUUCACCUACUACAAUCUGUUGAAGAACCCUGAAACACUUCUCAAAGCACAGCGACAAGUCGAUGAAGUGGUGGGUGACAACGUUCUCGAGUUGCAGCAUCUGCCAAAGCUCACAUAUCUCGACGCCUGCAUCAAGGAGAGUCUUCGCCUUGACUCUCCAAUCACUCGCUGGAGUGUUUGUCCUCGCCAAGACACCGCAUUGCAAGGCAAGUACGAGGUCAAAAAGGACAUCCAGCUUGUGAGCAAUCUCAAGGCUCUCCAUCAUGACCCUACUGUCUGGGGCGACGAUCAUGACGAGUUCAAGCCAGAAAGAAUGCUCAGAUCCAAUUUCGAGAAGUUGCCUCCCCACAGCUGGAAGCCCUUUGGGAACGGGAUGAGAUCGUGUAUUGGAAGAGGCUUUGCCGAGCAAGAAAUGCUGAUCAACAUUGCGCUUGUGCUUCAGCGUUUUCAGUUGCAGUUGGCUGAUCCAACCUACAAGCUUGAGCUGAAGUCGACGCUGACGAUCAAGCCGUGGAACUUCCGGAUCAAAGCUCUUCGUCGAGCAGGCAAAUCACUCAUGGUAGGCAUUCCAGGAGGCGUGCCUGCUGAGGUCGCAAAGAAACACGAGCAGCAGCAUGAGCAGGUACAAGCCGCAGGCGCAUCGUCCGCAGCGUCCUUGUCGAUCUUCUUUGGAGGUAACACGGGAACUUGUGAAGCUCUUGCGGAAGAUCUGAGAACAAAGCUGGCCGACCAUGGUCUCAAUGCUUCCAUUGCGAGUCUGGAUACACUGACUGAACAUGUUCCGGAUCAGCCAACUGUUAUAAUCUGCUCUUCAUACGAAGGUCUACCACCCGAUAAUGCGAAAAAGUUUGUAGCCUGGCUCGAAGAUACUAGUAGCAAGAAGGACUUCUUGAAAAGUGUCAAGUUUGCAGUGUAUGGCGUGGGAAGUUCGGACUGGGCUAGCACUUUCCAUCGAAUUCCGAAACUUGUUCGGGGACUCAUGAAGAAAGCCGGAGCUGAACAGAUCGUCGAUAUCGGGCUCUCAGACGUCAAAUCCGAUCUGUUCGGUCCAUGGGAAGAUUGGGUGGACCAGCUCAUACAGGCGUUGGUUGAGUCGACUGGUGCUCGCAUCCUCGACAUCCUCGAGGAGACUGCAAUAGCGCUGCCGUUCAGUGCAUACGUCGACAUGCUUCCAGCUCUGACGCCUCGCCAGUACUCUAUCGCUUCAUCAUCUCUAGAGCCAAGUAACAAUCCUCAGCACAAACCGCAUGCAGACAUCGUGUCUCUAUGCUUCGAUGUUCAUACUUCGCCGGCGCUUUCGGGCCAUGGCUCUUUCUUCGGCGUCACAUCCACCUACCUCGCUUCUCGCCGCAUAGGUGACCGCGUUUCAUGCUUUGUGCGUCUCACGAACGUUGGCUUCCGACUUCCGGGCAGUGUUGAGACGCCCGUCAUCAUGUUCGCAGCUGGCACGGGUAUUGCGCCCAUGCGAGCUUUCCUGCAGGAAAAAGCGGCCAUAGCCAAAGCUGGAGCCAGAAAACUCGGGCCUGCGAUAUUGUUCUUUGGUUGCCGUCAUCCUGAAAAAGAUUUCAUCUACCGUAAUCAAUUGCUCGAGUGGGAGCAACAGGGUGUUGUCAAGGUUGUACUAGCGUUCAGUAAGGGCGAUACUGGUCCGCGUUAUGUACAGGACGCCAUUUGGGAGCAUCGUGAAGAGGUGGCCAAGAUGUUCGUUGAUGGUGGGAAAAUAUACCUGUGUGGAAGUGCUGCGAGACUAGCUAAGAGUGCUGCUGAAGUAUGCAAGAAAGUGUGGUGUGAGAAGAAUGGGAAGUCCAUGGGGGAGGCAGAGCAGUGGCUUCAGAGUGUCAAGACUGAUCGAUACAUCAGUGAUGUGUAUUGA